GCAGCCGACUCGCGCCGCGCACGACUCUCUCCGUUGUCCCCGUCGCCUGCGCUGCUGCACCAUGAGCGCCCCGAGGCAGGUGGUCAACUUCGGGCCCGGGCCUGCCAAGUUGCCGCGCUCGGUAUUGUUAGAGAUACAGAAAGAACUAUUAGACUACAAAGGAAUUGGGAUUAGUGUUCUUGAAAUGAGCCACAGGUCAUCAGAUUUUGCCAAGAUUAUUAACAACACAGAGAAUCUUGUGCGGGAAUUGUUAGCCGUUCCAGACAACUACAAGGUGAUUUUUGUGCAAGGAGGUGGGUCGGGCCAGUUCAGUGCUGUUCCCUUAAACCUGAUUGGCUGGAAAGCAGGAAGGUGUGCCGACUAUGUGGUGACAGGAUCUUGGUCAGCUAAGGCUGCAGAAGAAGCCAAGAAGUUUGGGACUGUGAAUAUCGUCCACCCCAAACUUGGGAGUUACACGAAAAUUCCAGAUCCAAGCACCUGGAACCUCAGCCCGGACGCUUCCUAUGUGUAUUAUUGCGCCAACGAGACCGUGCAUGGAGUGGAGUUUGACUUCAUCCCUGACGUCAAGGGAGCUGUGCUGGUUUGCGACAUGUCCUCAAACUUCCUAUCCAAGCCGGUGGAUGUUUCCAAGUUUGGUGUGAUUUUUGCUGGUGCGCAGAAGAACGUGGGCUCUGCUGGGGUCACGGUAGUGAUCAUCCGCGAUGACCUGCUGGGGUUCGCACUCCAAGAGUGCCCCUCGAUCCUGGAAUACAAAGUACAGGCUGGAAACAGCUCCUUGUACAACACGCCUCCAUGCUUCAGCAUCUAUGUCAUGGGCUUGGUCCUGGAGUGGAUUAAGAACAAUGGCGGUGCAGCAACCAUGGAGAAGCUCAGCACCAUCAAAUCGCAGAUGAUUUAUGACGUUAUCGAUAAUUCUCAAGGAUUCUACGUAUGUCCAGUGGAGCCCAAGAAUAGAAGCAAGAUGAAUAUUCCAUUCCGCAUUGGCAAUGCCAAAGGAGACGAUGCUUUAGAAAAAAGGUUUCUUGAUAAAGCUCUUGAACUCAAUAUGAUCUCCUUGAAAGGGCAUAGGUCUGUGGGAGGCAUCCGGGCCUCUCUGUAUAAUGCCGUCACGAUUGAGGAUGUUCAGAAGCUGGCGGCCUUCAUGAAGAACUUUCUGGAGAUGCAUCAGUUAUGAACACAUCUUAACCAGUGUAUACUCUGCCCUUGAACAGUGUAUAACAUUUAAAGUAACUUGGGAAUGACGACAGAAACUUAGUGAACACGGUAUUUUUCUCAAGGGAACGUGCUUAUUAUAGAUGUCAUUUUUUCAAAGAACAACAACAAAACAUCCACAGCUCUGCAGAGCUGGUGGGACUUAAAGGCCCCCACCUUAAUUCUGACUUGAACUGGAAGUUUUUUUUUUUUUUUUUAAAUCUUCCUUUAGCUUUUCUAGCGAAUUCCGGCUAACUUUGUCUUUGCUGCUACUUUUUCUGAGGAUUCAAACUUGCCUGUGGACUUAAUUAUGCAAAUCGAAGUUGCUUAUUUCUGGAGACACACAAACACAGCAUGGAGGCUGGGUAGGGACCUCUGGGUGCUGAAUCUUGAUCCUUUCCACGAUGACAGCAUUGGGGUCUCCUGGGUUCUACACCUGUUAAUUAAGGUCCACACUGCCUGUGUGGUGAGUGUUUCGGGGUUCCAGGCUGAAGGGCAAGCUGGGGGAUCUUUCUUUAUCCUGUUCUUCUCAUAAAGAGAUAAAAUUGACAUACGCUUUGUUCAUAUAGCAAAGUUUGUUUUUAAUAACAAAUAGUUUAUAUCUCUAUGCAAUCUGUUUCUAAUAAUACGGUUCUUGGUGAUGCAUGUAGAGACUUCAGAGAAUUUGUUAGAAUCCUUGACCUCACAUAUGACGAGUUAACAUUUUCAGUGGUGUCUCUCCCCUCCCCGUUCCCUCUUCAAAAAACUGCUUCACCAGAUUUUGAUGUUCCCUGAUUCCCUUUUAUGUUCCUUUUAGUGGGUAGAAGGUUGGUUGGUUGCCCUUUGUUCUUUAUUUUUCAGUUAGGCUGUUAAAUUAAAAUUCUCUGUUAAACUCCCUUCUUGUUGGUUCACUUGACAGUUCUCUUUAUAGUGUUUGACCAGUGGUGCUGUGCGUUCCGGAAGAUCUUUGCUGAAGAGUCUUUUCCCUCUUGUUUAUCCAUUGUCAGUAUUUUCUCUUGACUGUGUGGAGGACAUGAAAGUCCUAAAACAUCUAAACCUUUGUCAAUAAAUUUCUUCACCUGCUAUGUAGUAA